UGGUUUUCAAUGAGUCCGCCUAGCAACAGGAUUUGAAGGAGAGUCGAGAUAACGGAGCUGCGAGAUUGUGUGAUUUAAAGAGUACUUAUAGACGUGAAAGCAAUAUUUCUCGGUGUUUUAGGUGGUAUAACGAUGGUUUCACAUUCUCUGACUUUGCCGAUCAUCUGUUUCACCACCCUGUGGGGGCUGGUGGGCUGUGUAGCGCCCUGGUUCGUACCGAAAGGGCCCAACCGGGGUGUUGUCAUCACAAUGUUGAUCUUGACGGCAGUAUGCUGCUACCUAUUCUGGUUGAUAGCGAUCCUGGCCCAGGCAAACCCUCUGUUUGGACCACAGCUGAAAAACGAAACCAUCUGGUACUUGCGGUACUACUGGGAGUAAGCACUGGUAUGACAUUGCCUAUGUGGGGUCAGCUCUUCCCUUUCCAUUCCACUGGACUCGGUUUUAAUUUGACGUUCACCCCAGCAUCUCCCACAGCUACGUUGCAGAAGUGGAACCCAUAACAACCGGAACGGCCAUAAAGAUGACCACAGGCUCCAACAAAGAUGACAAGAGGCUCAUCAUUCCACCUGGAGACUGGGCUUCUCUGCAGUGAUUCCUCAAAUUCCAGGCAGAACAACUGUUUCUACAUACUCAUCUUUUUUAUGAUCUGUAUACCUUGUAUACCGUGCAUUGCCAGAAACAGCCAUACAGAUAGUAAAUGAUUACAUACAAGGACUUAAAAAUGAAGUGGUCUGCAAUUUAAAUGUCAGGAUCCUAAGUUAAAGGUCAAGGUUUCCCACAAGAAUUCUAUCAAGUCAUUCCACUGGAGUGGGAAGAUAACAGUGUCAACAGUAAAGUCUAAGUGUAGUAAAGUGUAGAUGAAGUAAACGUUUAUAGUUGUUUGUGCACACGUUUAUCUCAUCUUUUCAAUGACCACAUUGCAUAGUAAUAAUAAAAAUGUAUUAGAUCAAUUAUUUAUUUUUAACUUAAUUUAAUUUAUGCCUGUAGAUGAACUGUAUUUGUGUUUUUUUUUAUUUAUUUAUUGAUGUGGAUUUCUAGGAUAAUGUUUAAGGUAAGACAAAUGAGCCUUAAAGGCUACGGGACCUGAGUAUCUCGCUUCAGUACAUCCAGUACACUAUCCAUCCUGGGUUCUGUCUGCCCACCCAAAACUGUAUUCCACACAGGUCUAUAGGAGCCACACUACUGCUGUCAAUCUCAACAUUCCAGCUGCUGCAAGUCAGUGCCUAUUCUCCUGAGCUUUGUUCUCUGACUGCUAAAUUGGUUGUCUGCAGUUUAGCCCUUUAACUCAGCCAUUGAAAUUGAAUUUAGACAAAAAUACACCUGCAGACUCCUUUAACUGACACUUCACAGAGCAAACAUUGAGAAAAUCUGGAGUUCGUGUUUCAUACUUGCGAGAUAUACUAUAGCAUCCUUUAGUGAACAUGCCUCAACCCCAUUCAUGACAUACAAAGGUUUAAUGCUGUGGACCUUGUUCUCUAUUGGAAAGUCAGGCUGUCCUACUAUUAUUCAGCAGAUACCUCUGCGUGAAACUGCUUUUAUAGAGGCCUAAACAAUCUUAAACCCACAUCUUGCCACCUUUGAAGGGAAUAGUAACUAGAAUGAGGAUGCCACUGCAAGCCGUGUGUGUUAAUUACAGAUGGCAGUUUGUCUGGACUGGGAGAUACAAAGCACCUACUGGGAAAGUCCUUUGAAAAACCUGGGUUAAGAAUCUUUUACUUCUUACUCCUUGUAUUUUGAAAUUAUGUGACUGUCGUAUAAAAUGUGUUUAAAACUGAUGAUGCAGUUGCUUUCAGGAGCACCUUGGAACUAAGCUUAGCCACACGGGAAUGAGCAAUUGAUCCAUUGACAAAAAGAUGUUAAUAUUUAAUUUAUGUUAGAAUGAUAAAUGUGAAAUAAAUUCGGAUUAAUGGAAUUGGUUCCAAAUUGUUGGUGAUUUGAUACAAUUCACUGCAUCGCUAAAACCUGUGUCACGGGAAAUUAAGUCUCCUGCUUGUCAUAUAUUUCUUUUGAUUUUAUUGCUUUUCAUGUGGGAACUGCAAUGACAGGGAAUAUAAUGACUUGAGCAUCACAUAUUGAUGUAUUGUAUGGCAUGCAUAAAUAUAAGACUGAACUUUGACAAAUGCAACUUCUAUCAUCAAAUGUGUAAUUCACUGUAUAUAUGCUAGUAAUGUGAUGUUUUCUGUGUUUGAACAUUUUCCUGUUCAUACAUGCUAGACUUGCCCAUGCUUGAUAGACAGCCCCACCUCUCAUACAGUACAGUGCAAAUGAAACACUUGGAACCGCUGGUCUGGAGGAAUCUGUUAUUUGUAGGAAAACAGUGUUUUACCUUGAUGGAGAUUAAAAUCUAAACAGGAAAUUAAGUAAUGGGAGGUUGGAGAGAUUUUAAAGACCCUGCAUCUCUGUGAACAAAUGUUGUUGGUUUGCUAUGUCAUAGUAUGUUAGCAACACCAUGAUUAACACAAUGAAAAAUAAAUUCUUGCUUACCUGUU